GAAUCCCACAGAAACCACAUGGCCAGAGUAGCACCGUCAGUACCGACCCGUGGGCCCGGGUUCAACCCCCCCACCAUCAUCCUGCAGGACAUGGAGGGGGAGGAGCCAGAUGACAUCAGAGACCGGGUCAGGUUUCCUCAGGAGUCUGGACCUGAGGUUCUCUUCAACGUCAACAACAACAACAACAACCAAGAGGAGGAGGAAACGAAGAGGAAGAGGAGCAAUGAGGAGGAAACGAGGAGGAAGAGGAGCGACAAGAAACAAAAGAAGGAGAAACACAGACAGGAGAAGAAGGAGAGGAAGGAGAAACAGAGGGAGGAGAAGGAGAAGAAACAGAAAGAGAAGGAGGAGAAACAGAAGAAGGAGGAGGUGGCCCGGGACAUCACGGUGUUCGACCCAGCAGGGAACACCUACUAUCACUGGCUCUUCAUCAUCACCAUCCCCGUCAUGUACAACUGGACCGUCAUCAUAGCCCGAGCCUGUUUCGAGGAGCUCCAGACAGACUACUUGUUCUGGUGGUUCUUCCUGGACUUCAUCUCUGAUGUCAUCUAUCUCAUGGACAUGGCCUUCAGAACCCGGACUGGUUACCUGGAGCAGGGGUUGCUGGUGAAGGAUGAGCAGAACCUACGCGAGCGCUACACAAACACCUUUCAGUUCAAACUGGACCUGGUCUCCAUGAUCCCCACUGAUGUCCUGUACCUGAUCGUUGGGGUCACGUACCCUGAGGUCCGCCUCAACAAACUGCUGAGGUUCAACAGGAUGAUGGAGUUCUUCCAGCGGACCGAGACCAGAACUAACUAUCCCAAUGCCCUUCGUAUCUCCAACCUGGUCAUGUACAUCAUCAUCAUCAUCCACUGGAACGCCUGCCUCUACUACUCCUUCUCCAAGGCCAUUGGUUUUGGUGCUGACCGGUUCGUGUACCCUGACCCGGCAGAUCCGGAGUUUGGUCGUCUGGUGAGGAAGUACGCCUACAGCAUGUACUGGUCCACGCUGACGCUCACCACCAUCGGAGAAACUCCGCCCCCUGUGGAGAACUCCGAGUACUUCUUUGUUGUGACCGACUUCCUGGUGGGUGUCCUGAUUUUCGCCACCAUCGUCGGUAACGUCGGCUCGAUGAUCACCAACAUGAACGCUGCCAGAGCCGACUUCCAGUCUCGCAUCGACGCCAUCAAACAGUACAUGAGCUUCAGAAAGGUAACUAAGGACCUGGAGAAACGAGUCAUCAAGUGGUUUGACUUCCUGUGGACCAACAAGAAGGCAGUGGACGAGAGGGAGGUGCUGAAGUUCCUCCCUGACAAGCUGAGGGCUGAGAUCGCCAUCAACGUGCACCUGGACACCCUGAAGAAGGUCCGGAUCUUUGCGGACUGUGAGGCCGGUCUGCUGGUGGAGCUGGUGCUGAAGCUGCAGCCUCAGGUCUUCAGUCCAGGAGACUACAUCUGCAAGAAAGGGGACAUCGGCAGAGAGAUGUACAUCAUUAAGGAGGGGAAGCUGGCCGUGGUGGCUGACGAUGGCGUCACGCAGUUUGUCAUUCUCAGUGAGGGGAGCUACUUCGGUGAGAUCAGCAUCCUGGCCAUCAAAGGCAGUAAGGCAGGAAACAGGAGGACUGCCAACAUCAGGAGCAUCGGGUACUCGGACCUGUUCUGUCUGUCCAAAGACGACCUGAUGGAGGCGCUGACCGAGUAUCCUGAUGCUAAAGCUCUGCUGGAGGAGAAGGGGAGGCAGAUUCUGAUGAAGGAUGGCCUGCUGGACCUGGAGGUGGCGGCGCAGGGCCCGGACCCCAAGGACAUGGAGGAGAAGGUGGACCGGAUGACCGGCACCCUGGACUCCCUGCAGACCCAGUACGCCCGGCUGCUGGCAGAACACGACGCCACUCACAGCAAACUCAAACACCGAGUCACCAGGCUGGAGAGGAAGCUGGCCCCGCCCCCUCAGGCCCCGCCCCCCUCAACACCUGACACUCAAACCACCAAAGAAGAAGAAAUGGGAAGAAAAUGAAACGUUGAACUCAAAUUUAAGUUUAAAAUUUAAAUAAAGUCCUGCCGGUGAGACGUUCAAGGACCGUCUGGCAACUGCAGUUCAGGCUGGAGUGGAAGAAUCAGACUUUAAUCUGCUCCCAGAUGUUUUUAUUGUAUUAGAGCUGUAAA